AUGCGCUGUCUUUGUUUUUCUCCCGCUGGGAUUCUCUCUCUGCUGUCGCCUCCAGCAGCAGCAGCAGCAGCAGCAGCAGCAGCAGCUGCAGCUGCAGCAGCAGCAGCAGCAGCAGCAGCAGCAGCAACAGCAGAAGAUAGCAAGGAGAAGGGAGAUUCAAAGUUUGAGCUAGAGGAGACACUUAAAGAGACAGGGGACAAGGCCGUGCUGCAUUUGCCUGUCUCCUCUGCCUUUACUGUUACAGAGGAGACAGAUCUCUCUGGCUCUUCAUCUGAGGGUCUGCUGUCUCCUUCUGCUGCUGCUGAUGAACAGCAGCAGCAGCAGCAGCAGCAACACUGGGCCCCGUCAACCGACCCGCAUCCUUCCGCAUGUAGCGGGGAUUCCCCCCUUCUUUCUCCUGCUGCAGCAGCAGCAGCAGCAGCAACGGCUGCUGCUGCUCAGGGCACUACGAGCUGCUGCACAGGGCUGCCUCCUUGUCUUGGCGUGUUUGGCGGGGGCUCUUCUGCUGCAGCUGUUGCUAGUGCCUCUCCUCAAGGCCUGCAACAGCAGCAACAGCAGCAGCAGCAGCAGCAAGAGCAGCAGCAGCAGCAACUGCAGCAGCAGCUGCUUCAAAGACACGCUAAAACCCCCCGCCGUAAAGAUGCAGUAGACGCAGCAGCAGCAGGGAUGAAUUGUACCCCGGGUGUCCUUGAGGACACCGGCGACGCAUCUGCUGCUGCAGCAGCAGCAGCAGCAGCAGCAGCAGCAGCAGCAGGGGUAUACCCCAGGGACGUCGCUACAGACACGCUCUUCCAACAUCCUACACCGGACUUCAUCGAUUACUGCAUCAGGAAGCAUCUCCCCUCGAACCCUAACCCAGAUAACUUGCCAGGGAUUCAACUGGAGAGACAGCAGAAGCGGUGGUGUGCAUCUGUCUACUUCCGAGGCAAUCAGUUUAAGAAGAGGUUCUCCUCGGCUUCGCUUGUCUCCCCGUCUUCUUCUCUUCCUUCUUCUACUCCUCCUGCUGCUGCAGCAGCAGCAGCAGCAGCAGCAGCAGCUGGUGCUGGUGGUGGUUGUGGGGGUGGUGGUGGUUGUGUGGCUGCUGCUGCUGUUGCUCCUCCUCCGCUGUCUCCUUCUUCGUCUGUAUUUGUCUCUUCGUCUGUCUCUCCACCUUCUUCACUGUCUCCUUCUUCACUGUCUCCUUCUUCGCUGUCUCCUUCUUCUGUCUCUCCUUCAUCUUCGCUGUCUCCUUCUUCACUGUCUCCUCCAUCAAAAGAACCGAUGGUAGGGGCCGCUGCCCCAGAGGCAGAUAUGUCUUCCGUCCUCAAGCAGCAGCAGCAGCAGCAGCAGCAGCAACAGCAGCAGCAGCAGCAGCAACAGCAACAGCAGCAGCAGCAGCUGCUGAUGCUGCUACAUCUGCCUUCUUCCCAGGAAGAGGGAUUUGUGGGGCCUCCGAUGACGUCUCCUGCGGCAAUUGCUGCUGCAGCACAGCAGCAGCAGCAGCAGCAGCAGCAACCGCAGCAACAGCAGCAGCAACAGAUAAAGCCUCUCGACUGUAUGGUGCCUGCUGUAUCCCCUCUGCAGCAGCAGCAGCAACAGCAGCAGAACGAACAGCAGCAGCAGCAGCAGCAGCAGCAGGGCGAGACAGAAUGGUUGAGCCCUGCAGCACAAAGUGUCUCCUUAGAGGUCUCUCGUCCUCGCCGUAGGAACUGCCGCCGCCGCCAAUGGGAGCAGCAACAGCAGCAGCAGCAACAAGAACAGCAGCAGCAGCAGCAACAGGGUGUGUGUGGGGCGUCAUCAGUAGGCGUGCUGCAGGUGUCUCCUCCUGCAUCAGCUGCUGCACUGUCUCCUUCUCGGGGUGUAUCAUUAGGGGCUCGUCGUCGUUCAGGGCCUCUUCGUCCUGGAAGCCGCUGCACCGGAGCAGCAGCAACAGCAGCAACAGCAGGAGGUGGAGGGGGAGCAGCAGGAGGAGCCCCUUCUUCUGCUUCUUCUUCUUCUUCUGCUGCUGCUGCUGCUGCUGCUGGGGGGAGACAGGAUGACGAGAGGGAUCUGUCUAUACACCCCCCUGGGGAUGAAGAGCUGCGGUGGUUCGACGGCUUCAGGCUGCCGUUCGGCACAGAGGGUAGAAAUCAGCUGCUGCGGAGACUGAGGCAGCUGUAUCACUCAGAUGCUGCUUAUUGGGGACAGCAGCUAGAGCAGCAUAAAAUAGCAUUUUCUAGGGUCCCCUUUGCGACUGUCUCCGAGCUCUGGAAGAUAGCGCAUGUUAUGGGGUGCUUUGGAUUUGCUUUACAUCUUAGUAGAAAGUAUGCUGGAGGUGCAGCAGCAAGAGCCGUCGCUCAGCAGCAGCAGCAGCAACAGCAGCAGGUUGCUGCUGCUACAGCUGCUGCUGCUGCUGCUGCUGCUGCAACACCGCAAUUACCCCAAAAUCAUCCUACAGGGAGGGCCCUUUAA